ACAAAUAUUUUCUCGCGAAAUCUUCCAUUCUUUUCCCAACACAUUUCCUUUGCACUAUUUACCGUUUUCUCGGACACCAAACAGAAGAAAAAAAAAUAAAGAAAGAAAGGAACAAAAUAGCAGUAGCCUCCCUCUUGCAGCAGCCAGCCAGUAACAAACAUUGGCGAGUGUCAAAUUUCAUAUAAUUAUUCUCCAACAUGAUCCCUUUUUAACCUUUUAGUCAAUUCGUCUCUUCUUCUUCUUCUUCUUCUUUUUUUUUUUUUUUAAACUUUCAAAUUCUCACUCUUUAAUCAAUAUAUAAGUAAAUCACUCUCUCUCUUCUGCAACUUCUAUUGUAAUCAGAUCAUCAUUUCAUCGAAUUAAAAUUUUCUCUCACUUUCUCGCCAAACAAACACCUACUCUUCACUUCAUUUGCCGAUCGGUUCUCGGUUUUCGAUUCUUGAUUCUUGAUUACGCAACUGCUUCGAGAACUUCGUUUUUCUUCGGUGUUUUGGUCUCUGGAGUUGGGAGUCAAUGCAACUGAGUUAAAGAGCUGGAGUUGAAGUGAGUGAUCAUGAUGGUUGAAGUAAGUUCGAGAUUGUGGUUAAAGGAUGUUGUGGGAUUAGGGUUUCAUUUGGGAGCGAGGAGGUUAGUGGAUGGGUGGGUUUUAUUUUGAGAAUGGAUGAAUUUAGGAUUGUUUAGCUUGUAGGUAUUUGGAGAUUUGAUAAGCUUUUGUACAGUGUCACGGACUGAUAGUAUGGCUUCGGAUCUCAGUAAAACUGGCCCCGUUGAGAGAGACAUCGAGCAGGCCAUUACUGCUUUAAAAAAGGGGGCGUACCUACUUAAGUAUGGAAGAAGGGGAAAGCCCAAGUUUUGUCCUUUCCGACUUUCCAAUGAUGAGUCAGUUUUAAUAUGGUUCUCUGGGAAAGAGGAAAAGCACCUUAAACUGAGUCAUGUUUCUCGGAUCAUCUCUGGGCAACGCACUCCUAUCUUUCAAAGGUAUCCACGACCUGAGAAGGAAUAUCAGUCAUUUUCUCUUAUAUAUAAUGACAGAUCCCUUGAUUUGAUUUGCAAAGAUAAAGAUGAAGCUGAGGUAUGGUUUAGUGGUUUAAAAGCAUUGAUUUCACGGAGCCAUCAUAAAAAAUGGAGAACAGAAUCAAGGAGUGAUGGAAUUCCCUCUGAAGCAAAUAGUCCUAGAACGUACACACGUAGAAGCUCUCCUUUGAAUUCACCAUUUGGUAGUAAUGAUAGCUUGCAGAAGGAUGGUCUCCUUCGCCUUCAUACCCCAUAUGACAGUCCCCCUAAAAAUGGCUUAGAUAAAGCCUAUUCAGAUGUGAUACUAUAUGCUGUUCCUCCAAAGGGUUUCUUCGCUCCAGAUUCUGCCAGUGCUUCAGUUCAUUCUUUAUCUUCAGGAGGUUCAGAUAGUGUACAUGGUCACAUGAAGGCAAUGACAAUGGAUGCCUUUAGAGUAAGUCUAUCAAGUGCUGUUAGCUCAUCUAGCCAAGGUUCUGGUCAUGACGAUGGUGAUGCUCUGGGUGAUGUUUUUAUUUGGGGGGAAGACACUGGGGAUGGUGUUUUGGGUGGUGGACCUAAUAGAGCUGGAAGUUGUUUUGCUUUGAAAAUGGAUUCUUUGUUGCCAAAAGCUCUAGAAUCUGCUGUUGUACUUGAUGUGCAGAACAUUGCAUGUGGUGGACGACAUGCAGCCCUUGUAACCAAGCAAGGAGAGAUUUUUUCUUGGGGAGAGGAGUUGGGAGGCAGGCUAGGGCAUGGUGUAGACUCUGAUGCCUUGCAUCCAAAGCUUGUUGAUUCUCUCAGUAACAUGAACAUUGAGCUUGUUGCUUGUGGUGAGUAUCAUACUUGUGCUGUAACACUGUCUGGUGAUUUGUAUACAUGGGGUGAUGGGACUCACAAUGUUGGUCUUCUUGGUCAUGGUAAUGAAGUAAGUCAUUGGGUUCCAAAAAGAGUAAAUGGGCCCUUGGAGGGCAUACAUGUCUCAUAUAUCUCUUGUGGACCCUGGCAUACAAUCGUUGUAACCUCUUCUGGCCAAUUAUUUACAUUUGGUGAUGGUACAUUUGGUGUUUUGGGCCAUGGAGAUCGGAAAAGUAGCUCUAUUCCAAGAGAAGUGGAAUCUCUUAAGGGUCUCCGGACAGUUCGAGCAGCUUGUGGUGUAUGGCAUACUGCUGCUGUUGUUGAGGUUAUGGUUGGGAAUUCAAGUUUAAGCAACUGCUCCCCAGGGAAGCUAUUUACAUGGGGAGAUGGAGAUAAAGGUCGACUUGGGCAUGGUGACAAGGAAGCCAAACUUGUGCCUACUUGUGUUGCUGCUCUUGUUGAACCCAACUUUUGUCAAGUUGCCUGUGGACAUAGUUUGACAGUUGCACUUACAACAGAAGGCCAUGUCUACACUAUGGGCAGUCCUGUUUAUGGUCAACUAGGAAAUCCACAUGCUGAUGGAAAGCUUCCCACACGGGUUGAAGGGAAACUCUUCAAGAACUUUGUGCAGGAGAUUGCUUGUGGUGCUUAUCAUGUUGCAGUUUUAACUUCAAAAACUGAAGUUUACACUUGGGGCAAGGGGGCAAAUGGUCGAUUAGGUCAUGGGGAUACAGAUGACAGAAACUCCCCAUCAUUGGUGGAAGCCCUGAAGGACAAGCAGGUCAAAAGUAUAGCUUGUGGUACUAAUUUUACUGCAGCUAUCUGCCUUCAUAAGUGGGUCUCAGGUGUCGAUCAGUCCAUGUGCUCUGGUUGCCGCUUGCCAUUUAAUUUCAAAAGAAAACGUCACAAUUGUUAUAAUUGUGGACUUGUUUUUUGUCAUUCAUGCAGCAGUAAAAAGUCCCCUAAGGCUUCAAUGGCACCUAAUCCCAACAAACCUUAUCGUGUCUGUGAUAAUUGUUUUAAUAAACUAAGAAAAGCUGUUGACACUGAUGCUUUGUCACAGUCCUCCUUAAGUAGAAGAGGAAGCAUCAAUCAAGGUACUAAUGAAUUUAUUGAUAAUCAUGAGAAGUUGGAUUCUAGGUCUCGUGCACAACUGGCAAGGUUUUCUUCAAUGGAAUCUUUCAAGCAAGCAGAAAGCCGAUCUAAGAGAAACAAGAAACUAGAAUUUAAUAGCAGUCGUGUAUCUCCUGUUCCAAAUGGAAGCUCCCAAUGGGGAGCGCUCAAUAUUUCUAAAUCUUUCAAUCCUAUGUUUGGGUCAUCCAAGAAGUUCUUCUCGGCUUCUGUUCCUGGAUCAAGAAUUGUUUCUCGAGCAACAUCGCCAAUAUCAAGACGACCCAGCCCACCUCGUUCAACAACUCCAACCCCAACACUGGGAGGACUUACCUCACCAAAGAUUGUUGUGGAUGACACAAAAAGGACCAAUGAUUGCCUUAGCCAAGAGGUUAUUAAAUUAAGAGCUCAGGUGGAGAAUCUUACUCGCAAAGCACAGCUUCAAGAAGUUGAGCUUGAAAGGACAACUAAACAGCUGAAGGAGGCAAUAGCAAUUGCAGGGGAAGAGACUGCAAAAUGCAAAGCAGCAAAGGAAGUUAUCAAGUCUCUGACCGCCCAAUUAAAGGACAUGGCUGAGAAGCUUCCAGUGGGAGCAGCACGGAACAUCAAGUCACCUACCUUCACUUCUUUUGGUUCCAGUCCCGCUUCCAACGAUACACCUAAUGUUUCGCUUGAUCGACUGGCUGUUCAAACAACAUUUCCAGAAUUGGAGUCCAAUGGAUCAAACAAUCAGUUGCUUUCUAAUGGGUCUAGCACUGCCAGUACUCGCAGUUCUGGUCAUACCAAACAGGGACAUUUGGAAGCAGCACCAAGAAACGGGAGCAGAACGAAAGAAAGUGAAUCACGUAAUGAUAAUGAAUGGGUAGAGCAAGAUGAACCUGGUGUAUAUAUAACACUUACCUCCCUCUCGGGAGGCAUCAAGGAUCUUAAGCGAGUUCGCUUCAGUCGGAAGCGUUUUAGUGAGAAACAAGCAGAGCAGUGGUGGGCAGAGAACAGGGCUAGAGUAUACAAACAAUACAAUGUACGAAUGAUUGACAAGUCAAGUGCAGGCGUGGGGAGCGAGGACUUGGCUCAUUAACAACACAUCGUCUGUAAAUGUAAUGGUAAUAGUCUUUUGAGAUCUCAACACCAUUUAUAGGGAAUUAAUAUUUUUGAUCAAAUUAGAUUUGCUUUCCAACUUGUAUAAAAUGGGUUGGUGGAAGCAAGAUUGGUAUUAAAAAAAAAGCGAGAGCUAGAGGGGUUUGGUUGUGCCUUUUUCCGUCUUGAUUUUUUGGUUACAUAAUUUUUCUCCUGUUUGAUCCCUAUGUGGUGGGGGAAGUUGAGGGUGAGAAAUGUAAAUUCCUGUUAGGUUUCCAUGUAAAUUCAUAAAGGAAAAUUUAAGAGAUGAAAGUUGUUAAUUCUUACCUCGGACUAUGUCUGAGGUUGGCGAUUGUAUGACGUGGAAAAUAACUUUGCCAAUUUUUAUCAUACUCAUCCCACACGAUUUUAAAACUAUAUUUCUUUGCCUUA